AUCCGCAGCUACCGGCGCAUGGCUCUUGCGUGACCCCCCGUCUAUCGCGAGUAUAAACGGCAGAGUGUUUUGGCCGGUCCGCCAGUUGCAGUUCCUGCUUCCCGCCUUGUGCAUAGCUACAGCCGGCAGGAAUAUCAAAGCUGUCAUAAAUAAACAAAACAAUUUAUAUUCUUUCUUCGAACGAAUCUUACUCAACAAUCAACCAAAAUGCGUGAAUGUAUCUCAGUCCAUGUCGGCCAGGCCGGAGUCCAGAUGGGCAAUGCCUGCUGGGAGCUUUACUGCCUGGAGCACGGCAUCCAGCCCGAAGGACAAAUGCCCAGCGAUAAAACCCUCGGAGGUGGAGACGACUCCUUCAACACCUUCUUCAGUGAGACCGGUGCCGGCAAGCACGUCCCCCGUGCCGUCUUCGUUGAUCUGGAACCCACAGUUAUCGAUGAGGUCCGAACCGGAAACUACCGCUCGCUCUUCCACCCUGAGCAGCUGAUCACAGGCAAAGAGGAUGCCGCCAACAACUACGCCAGAGGUCACUACACCGUCGGCAAGGAGCACAUUGACCUCGCCUUGGACAGAAUCAGAAAGCUGGCUGACCAGUGCACCGGUCUUCAGGGUUUCCUCAUCUUCCACAGCUUCGGUGGUGGUUCCGGCUCUGGCUUCACAUCCCUGUUGAUGGAGCGUCUCUCUGUCGACUACGGCAAGAAGUCCAAGCUGGAGUUUGCCAUAUACCCCGCCCCUCAAAUUGCAUCUGCUGUCGUGGAGCCUUACAACUCUAUCCUCACCACUCACACCACCCUUGAGCACUCCGACUGUGCCUUCAUGGUCGACAACGAGGCCAUCUACGACAUCUGCCGUCGCAAUCUCGACAUCGAGAGACCAACCUACACCAACCUUAACCGUCUCAUUGCCCAGGUUGUUUCCUCCAUUACUGCGUCGCUUCGAUUUGAUGGCUCCCUCAACGUCGACCUGACGGAGUUCCAGACCAACUUGGUGCCCUACCCACGUAUUCACUUUCCUCUUGCCACCUACGCACCAGUCAUCUCUGCUGAGAAGGCCUACCAUGAGCAGCUGACCGUUGCAGAGAUCACCAAUGCCUGCUUCGAGCCCGCCAACCAGAUGGUGAAGUGCGAUCCCCGUCACGGCAAGUACAUGGCUUGCUGCCUCCUGUACCGUGGUGAUGUCGUCCCCAAGGAUGUCAACGCUGCCAUCGCAACCAUCAAGACCAAGCGUACCAUCCAGUUCGUCGACUGGUGUCCAACUGGCUUCAAGGUGGGCAUCAACUACCAGCCACCUACCGUGGUGCCAGGUGGCGAUCUGGCCAAGGUGCAGCGUGCCGUCUGCAUGCUGAGCAACACCACCGCCAUCGCUGAGGCCUGGGCUCGUCUGGAUCACAAGUUUGAUCUGAUGUACGCUAAGCGUGCCUUCGUCCACUGGUACGUAGGAGAGGGUAUGGAGGAGGGUGAGUUCUCUGAGGCUCGUGAGGAUCUGGCUGCCCUGGAGAAGGACUACGAGGAGGUCGGGAUAGACUCUAACGAUAACGAAGAUGAAGACGAGCCAGAGGAAUAUUAACAGGUCUAAUUAGCAGCAACCAGUUCAGCACCUUCAAGUUCAAUUAUUUGCUACCAAAAAAUCAGUAAUAUCACACGUUGAAGCACUUUAUUAACUAAUAUUAAACCCCCGGCAACUUCCAAUUUCUGAGGCUGUUUAAUUCGACGCAUCGUUCAAACACAUACGAUGUCAUAGGCAUGUUCUCAACUUCAAUGACUCUAGUGCAACGUUGUAUACUGCCCUCUUGUGGCAACUUUCCUUCAAUGGAACUUCUUCUUUUUUCCAUAACCAUAAGUGUUUGUAUAUUUAGACGGCGCGCAGUAUUUUCCUCAAUUUUUAAUCAAAAUUGUUAAUUAAAAUUAAUACGCUGCUCUGAUCUCGCUAUCUUGAAUUAUUAUGCACUAUUCCCGUGUAAUAUAUCCAUAGUGCCUUUGUGCAAAAUUAGCGAUGCAUGUCUGAAUAUACAAUACCUAAACAGUUCUUAAAGGCACUGGACACUAUUGGUAAUAUUCAAAAUAAGUUUUGGCUUAAAAA